AUUGCACCAACCAAAGAAGUCUCCAUUUGUCCCACGAACCAAACCAUGUCUAACAUAUCAUCAUCACUUCCCGUUUCAACCAAUGAUGCAAAACCCAACCCAAACUUCACUCGUCGCACCGCAAAUUAUCACCCUAAUGUUUGGGGGGAUUACUUCCUUUCCUAUGAUACUAGUUUCGAGGAAGCAAAUGACCAAGACAAACAAUUUCAACUAUUAAAAGAGGGUUUAAGGAAGGUUCUUGUCUCAUCUACUGAUAAAAAUUUCUCUUUUACAUUAAACUUUAUAGACUCGAUCCAACGCAUAGGUGUUUCAUACCAUUUUCAACAUGAAAUUGAUGGAGUGUUGCUUGAAAUUUAUGAGAUUUCAACAAAGGACAAUAAUAUCAUAGUUCUUGAAGAUGAUCUUCAUCAAUUGGCUUUACUUUUCCGGUUGCUUAGACAGCAAGGAUAUCACAUUUCACCAACAGAUGUGUUUUAUAAAUUCAAGGACCAAACUGGAAAUUUCAAUGAAACGCUAGCCAAUGACAUACAAGGAAUGAUGAGCUUGUAUGAAGCAUCCCAACUAAGAAUUCAUGGAGAAGAGAUACUUGAAGAAGCAUAUAAAUUCACUCAUGUUCAGUUAACCAAGUCCUUAACCACCCAAUUAAGCCCUUUUCUUGCUGCACAAGUGAACCACAUCUUAGGCCAAUCACUUCAUAAGGGAAUACCUAGGUUGGAGGCAAGACAUUAUAUGUCUUUCUAUGAAGAAGAUCCUUCCCAUGAUGAAAAUUUGCUAACCUUUGCAAAAUUAGAUUUUAAUAUGCUGCAGAAGCUUCAUCGAAAAGAACUCAGCGAUGUGACCAAGUGGUGGAUUAAGGAUUUAAAUGUCCCAUCAAAAUUGCCUUUUGUACGGGAUAGGAUUGUAGAAGGUUGCAUUUGGACUUUGGGAGUCUACUUUGAGCCACAAUAUUCUCUUGCUAGAAAGAUAAUCAUGAAAGUAGGUUCUAUAAUUACCAUCAUGGAUGACGUCUAUGAUGCCUAUGGAACCAUUCAUGAACUUGAGGUUUUCACCAAUGCAAUUGAGAGCAGGUGGGAUAUAUGUUGUUUGGUUGAUCUGCCAGAAUACAUGAAAUUUUGUUAUACAACAAUUUUGAAUGUUUUUGAAGAAAUAGAGAAAGAGAUGAACAAGCAAGGAAAAGCAUACUACAUCGAGUAUGCUAAGAAAGAAAUGAAAAGGCUGGCACAGGCUCAAAUGACUGAGGCAAGAUGGCUUCAUUGUAACCAUACACCAACCAUAAAUGAAUACAUGCAAGUUGCAACUGUAUCAAUCGGUUAUCCUGUGUUGAUAAUCAUAUCUUUCAUUGGCAUAGAAGACACAACAGAGGAGAUCCUUAUAUGGGCAACAAGUCACCCAAACAUUCUUAUAGCUGCUUUAACUAUUAGUAGGUUCAUGGAUGACAUUGCUGGAAAUGAGUAUGAGCAAGAAAGAGGACAUGUUGCCUCAAGCAUUGAAUGCUAUAUGAUGCAACAUAAUACCUCAAAGCAGGAUGCCAUUGAUCAACUCCUAAAGAAGGUUGACAGUGCUUGGAAGGACAUUAAUGAGGCAUGUCUUAGUCCUACUCAAGCACCAUCGACUAUUCUUAUGCCUAUUGUCAACUUAACACGCGUGAUGGAUGUGUUUUACAAAGAUAAAGAUAUCUAUACACAUUCAGAAGGGAAAAUGAAAGAUUAUAUUGAAGCAUUACUAGUCAAUAAGAUACCUGUCUAUAUACCCUAGAAACUUAGUUCCUUUAUUAACUACUAGGGUAUAUUUAUUUAAAAUAUAAAAAAUAAAAAGUUACAGAUAACUUGUAACUAAAAGGUAGGUGUUUUAGAGUAGUUAUGGAAGUGAAAAUAUCUGUGUACACUAAAAAAGUAUAUUGUCUUUAUAUAUUAUUAUAAAUUUAUUACUGUACUAUUUCUUGACUUUA